AUGACCAGCCCCGCCGCCGUCGCCGCCGCCACCGCCGCGCCCGUCACCGCCCUCAGCGAGGGCCAAAAGUACGAACUCCGCAAGGAGUUCCACAAGACCGCAUCCGCCGCCGCGCUGUCCAAGCCGGCCGUCCAGCACGCCCAGCACGAGUGGGAGGUCGCGCGCCGCGCCGCCGUGCGCGUGCAGGGCAACCCCGCCCUCUGGCAGGAGGAGCGCGAGAAGCACGUGGAGCUGCGCGCCGCGCUCUUCAGCUACAUUCCCAUCUCGGAGGCGCUGAACAGGCUGAAGAGGAGGAUGGUGGAGGCGGGAAUGAAUCUGCCGAAGUAG